UGCAAAUAGACUGAAGCUUCAUUUUAACCUACGUUGUUCGAACAUCGACUCUCAUUGAAGAAAAAAAAAGACGAAAUUUUUGCAUUCGAAAUGAAGAUUCCGAUUCGAGCCAGUUUCAUCGGACUAAUACUGUUGGUGGAGGCGUAUUUAUUGAUUAAAGGUGAGCAAUGCUGGAUGCCUAUGAUUUGCGACGAUCAACCUACUUGGAGAGACGUUAAUACGGAGAGACAGUGCACAAAAGAACAAGAGGAGGCUCUGGAAGCUUUAACGGAACAAGUACACGAGACGGAAAGUAUGCUCGAUCAAUUACAAAAGAGGUUGGAAGAUUUAAGUACGAACUCAGUGCAUCCCUCGGUUGUAGAUGUCAAAGAAACGACCACUCCCCAGGGAUACAAAGACAAGAAAACUACCGCCCCUGCUACAUCCCCGUGGUCAACUAAGGAAGCCUUUUUCUCUACUUUUCGCCCACAAACUACAAAAGUCGAACAGAGUACAGUACGUACCUGCCCAGCACCUAAAGCUCCAGACAACGGGACUGCCUUAGAAGUCAAUCGGACUAUCGAAUAUUCAUGCAAUGCUGGAUACGUUCUUCAAGGAUCAAACAUUGGAAAAUGCGGAGAAAAUGGAACCUGGGGUGAGGUGCCCACUUGCGUAGUACGUACCUGCCCAGCCCCUAAAGCUCCAGACAACGGGACUGUGAACAUCGCAACUGCCUUCGAGGUCAAUCAGACUAUCGAAUAUUCAUGCAAUGCUGGGUAUGUUCUUCAAGGAUCAAACAUUGGAAUAUGCAGAGAAAAUGGAACCUGGGGUGAGGUGCCCACUUGCGUAGUACGUACCUGCCCAGCCCCUAAAGCUCCAGACAACGGGACUGUAAACACCGCAACUGCCUUAGAGGUCAAUCAGACUAUCGAAUAUUCAUGUAAUGCUGGAUAUGUUCUUCAAGGAUCAAACAUUGGAAAAUGCGGAGAAAAUGGAACCUGGGGUGAGGUGCCCGCUUGCGUAGUACGUACCUGCCCAGCACCUAAAGCUCCAGACAACGGGACUGUAGACACCGCAACUGCCUUAGAGGUCAAUCAGACUAUCGAAUAUUCAUGCAAUGCUGGAUACGUACUUCAAGGAUCAAACAUUGGAAAAUGCGGAGAAAAUGGAACCUGGGGUGAGGUGCCCACUUGCGUAGUACGUACCUGCCCAGCCCCUAAAGCUCCAGACAACGGGACUGUAGACACCGCAACUGCCUUAGAGGUCAAUCAGACUAUCGAAUAUUCAUGUAAUGCUGGAUAUGUUCUUCAAGGAUCAAACAUUGGAAAAUGCGGAGAAAAUGGAACCUGGGGUGAGGUGCCCACUUGCGUAGUACGUACCUGCCCAGCACCUAAAGCUCCAGACAACGGGACUGUAGACACCGCAACUGCCUUAGAGGUCAAUCAGACUAUCGAAUAUUCAUGCAAUGCUGGAUACGUUCUUCAAGGAUCAAACAUUGGAAAAUGCGGAGAAAAUGGAACCUGGGGUGAGGUGCCCACUUGCGUAGUACGUACCUGCCCAGCCCCUAGAGCUCCAGACAACGGGACUGUAGACACCGCAACUGCCUUAGAGGUCAAUCAGACUAUCGAAUAUUCAUGCAAUGCUGGAUACGUUCUUCAAGGAUCAAACAUUGGAAAAUGCGGAGAAAAUGGAACCUGGGGUGAGGUGCCCACUUGCAUAGACGAUCUUACUUGUGAUUUUGAAUCUUCAACCAACCCUACAUGCAGCUACACGAGAGUUAAUGGAACAUUUCAGAGAGAAUACAGAGAUGAUGACGUUACAGGUUAUGUUCUUGCUGGUAAUGGUACAAUCAGAUCUUUACCUAAGGCUUUGGCUGGCAAUGAGGAACUAUGCAUGAGUGUCGACAUAAAAGAUACAUCUGAUGGAGAACUGGUGGCUAAGGCUAACAAUGGAACUGUAACGAAAGCAAUCUGGCCGUUUUCUGCCUCGACUACCUGGAAAACCGAGAAAUUCAUUUUAAAGAAAGUGAACUCUACAGAUACAGAGGUCCAACUUGAGCUUGAGGCAUCCGGGAAUGUAGAGUUAGACAACAUAACAACUUUGAACUCUUCCGAAUGUUAUGGUCUAGAUACACCGUGCGUGAAGCAAAAUCUUGAGAACGGAACAAUUUCUCCCGAGCAAGACCUGUACAGUCAGGAUCAGGAGGUCAGUUACUCUUGCAACAGUAAUUACACUUUGGAAGGGGGGCAGACGGGAACAUGCAAAGCUGACGGCUCAUGGUCCAUAACACCAGUGUGCACAAAAUGUGGCGUUGUCUAUAAUUCCAGAUGUUUUCGAGCGAUCGUUUAUGACGCUUGGAAUGUCACAUUAAGCGUCGCUGAAUCUAUUUGCGAAAACAAACUGGCUAACAUUUAUGACGUCACACACUACAACCUGCUUCAAGAUUAUUUACGACCAAUGAUUCCUGAUGGAAGGCCAUUCAUUUAUGUUCGUACGGGAAUGAAUUACACGAACGGUCAGCUGUAUUCAACGACAGGUCAAGCUAUGUCUCUGCCAACUGAGGUUUGGUAUCUUGGUUAUCCGAAUCCCGAUCCAUCGUCCACAUCUGUUGUUGUUCAUGUCAAUCGAGACCCGGAAAACAUAUAUCAAGGGAUUUUUAAUGAUUAUCCUUCCUCUACAUAUCACGGAGCCAUCUGUGAAAGUGAAUUAUAA